AUGUGUCGUGUCCGUGUGCACUCGGGUUUCGACUUUCGAUUGGUCCGAGCGCACACGGACACGACACAUGUGCGUCAUCCCUUCCACACAGUGUCGCCAAUUCGUGGCCGCGGCCGCUCAACAUCGCAGACUCGCAGUCGGAAAGUGUGCUUCACCAUGCCCUCUGCUGCCGAACGCACGGCGAACGGCAAGAACGACAGUGAGCAUUCAGAGUUCGCUGCCGCCGUCGCCAACACAACGAACAGCGACAGCGAAAACGAGCACUCAGAUUUCGCCACCACCGUCGCCAGCACGGCAAACGGCGACAGCGACAACGAGCACUCAGAUUUCGCCACCACCGUCGCCAGCACGGCAAACGGCGACAGCGACAAUGAGCACCAAUAUUUCGCCGCCGCCGUCGCCAGCACGGCAAACGGCGAUAGCGACAACGAGCACCCAGAUUUCGCUGCCGCCGUCGCCAGUACGGCAAACGGCGACAGCGAAAACGAGCACUCAGAUUUCGCCACCACCGUCGCCAGUACGGCAAACAGCGACAGCGACAACGAGCACCCAGAUUUCGCCGCCGCCGUCGCCAGCACGGCAAACGGCGACAGCGACCACGAGCACCCAGUUUUCGCCGCCGCCGUCGCCAACACAACGAACGGUGACAGCGACCACGAGCACCCAGGUUUCGCCGCCGAGGACGUCAGCACAACGAACGAUGACAGCGAACACGAGCACCCAGGUUUCGUCACCGCCGUCGUCAGCACAACGAACGAUGACAGCGACCACGAGCACCCAGGUUUCGCCGCCGCCGUCGUCAGCAUGGCGAACGGCGAGAGUGACAGCGAACAUCCAGAGUUCGCCGGCACGAGCACGGUGAACGGCGAUAGCGACCAUGGGCACCCAGGUUUCGCCCCCGCCAUCACAAAGACAGCAAACGGCGGAGAGAACGGAGAGAGGCAGAGCGGAAAGCACCCAGAUGAGGGAGAGACAAAAGAAUUCAGAAAUAGUGGUGUACGUACUUUUUAUGCAAAGCGGCGUGCCGCGCGGCGCAAGAAAGUUGCUGCGCAGCCCCCUCCACCAACACCGAAAUAUGUGGCUGUGCAACAGGCGGCAGUGAGGUACGUGGACGCGCCACCACCGGCACGAGCAACCUACGUGGCUCUUCAGGCAGCGGGGCUUCCGGCGGCACCAGUGGAGGUCGUGGCAGCGCAGCAACAACCGGCACAAGCAACCUAUAUAGCCGUUCAGGCAGCGGGGGCCUCCGGCGGCACCAGUGGAGGUCGUGGCUGCGCAGCAACGAUCAAAAUAUGUGCUACUUUUGUAAUAUUUUUAUAA